AUGGCUAUAGAAGAUGCCGGUAAUGACGCUUUUGGUUGUUUAACGGUUGAUCCCGAGACUCAGACAAAGUACAAAUUCCCAACACUAGCAGGAUCUGAAAGGAAUCAAAGGAUUUUAGAUGAUUUAUUAACACCUACACCCGAGCUUAGUUGGGAGCUCCUUGACCUUGUACAAGAAGUGCCAAGUAUUGAUAGAAGCAAGAUUAUUGAUCGACUAGUCACCAAUCCCACCAGCUUGAACCGGACGAAAUUUAGAUUCAAGAGAUUUGGUAUCCAAGGAGAAAUUUCAAGUUAUCAAGAGGAAGUUGACUUGAGUGCCGUCAACUCAUCAGCGUCAACCUCUUUGAGCGUGAAUAGAGAUUACUCUUCAAAAAGCGAAAGUCUUCGAGGUAAAUCUGGUUUUCUACCAUUUCAGCCAGGCGGAUUGAUACAACAAGCAUCACAAGACCGCGAGGUUAGGGAUGCAGCAGCAAACCUCCACCGUAAUGAGUAUGGAUUGUUUGACAUUCCCCCUGGCUUUCUGACAGGCUUGCGUCUAGGAGGCCAAGAAACUCUGUUUGAUCUUGAGCAAAAGCAAGAGGGUGGUAUUGACGACAACAACGACAACGACAACGACAACGACAACGACAACGAACUAGUUGAGUCCGUGAAUAACCAUUCGUUGCUGGGGGGUCAAGUAGUCUCUCGUAUUGACUCUGCUACCCCUCGUCUUUCUUCUCUUAAUCCCCCUUCAGAAAUCCCAUUCAACGCUGAGGAGAUUGAGGGCCUUGUACCGUUUGACUAUUCAUCGAUGAGAGCCGAGGGCAAAAAGGCUCUUGAAAAGAGAACUUGGGCUCAUGUUGUUGAUUUGGAUCACAAAAUAGAGGAUUUUUACGAGUUGGUGCCCAACAUGGCUAGAACAUGGCCGUUUGAGCUUGACGUGUUUCAGAAAGAGGCUGUCUUCCACUUGGAACAAGGCGAUUCGGUUUUCGUGGCUGCCCAUACCUCGGCUGGAAAAACCGUUGUUGCUGAAUACGCCAUUGCGAUGGCAAAGAGGAAUAUGACAAAAUGUAUAUAUACGUCUCCAAUUAAAGCUUUGUCGAAUCAAAAAUUCCGUGAUUUCAAAGACACGUUUAAAGACGUGGAUGUGGGAUUGAUUACCGGUGAUGUUCAAAUAAAUCCAGAAGCCAACUGCUUGAUUAUGACCACCGAGAUCCUAAGGUCGAUGUUGUAUCGUGGUGCAGAUUUGAUAAGAGAUGUGGAAUUUGUUAUUUUCGACGAAGUUCACUACGUUAAUGAUAUUGAUCGUGGUGUGGUUUGGGAAGAAGUUAUUAUUAUGCUACCAGAUCAUGUGAAAUACAUUUUGUUAUCUGCAACUGUUCCUAAUACCUUUGAAUUUGCUAAUUGGAUUGGAAGAACCAAGCAAAAAGACAUUUACGUUAUUUCCACGUCAAAGAGACCGGUUCCUUUGGAAAUCUUUAUUUCUGCAAAAAAUAAACAAUUUAAAGUAGUAGAUGCGAAUAGGCGGUUCCUUGAAAAUGAGUUCAAGAAUCACAAAGAUCACUUGGAGGCAGGGAAGGUAAAAAAGGGAUUACCAUCGACCACGAUGGGCCUGGGAAGCCGUGGAGGACCAGGUGGCACGGCAAGAGGCCGUAACAGAGGUAAUGCAAGACAAAGCACAAGAGGAGCGAGAGGCGGUGCUAGUGGAAGUGGAAGUGGAAGAGGAGGAGGAACCAUGACAAAUAAUCGCGGGAACUUUUCAGGCCCAAGAAGAUUCGGAAAUGACGGUCCCAAUAAGAAUACCUGGAUAGACUUGGUACAUAAUUUAAAACUGAAUUCCCUUUUGCCAGUUGUCGUAUUUGUUUUUUCCAAGAAGAAAUGUGAAGAGUAUGCUGAUUCUUUAAGGACUACUGACUUGUGUAAUGCGCGAGAAAAGUCAGAGAUCCAUAUGUUUAUUGAUCGCGCUGUUGGUCGAUUAAAAAAAGAAGACCGGGAGUUGCCGCAAAUUUUAAAAAUUCGCGAGAUGUUAAGUCGUGGUAUUGCCGUGCAUCAUGGAGGUCUUUUGCCUAUUGUUAAAGAGUGUAUUGAAAUAUUGUUUUCCAAGACUUUGGUGAAAGUACUUUUUGCAACUGAAACAUUUGCCAUGGGUUUGAAUUUGCCAACGAGAACAGUCGUGUUUAGUUCUAUGAGAAAACAUGACGGUCGACUGUUUAGAAAUCUAUUACCGGGGGAGUUCACACAAAUGUCUGGGCGAGCAGGAAGAAGGGGACUUGAUAAAACUGGUACAGUUAUUGUUAUGGCCUAUAAUGAGCCACUAUCCCCCACUGAUUUCAAAGAGGUGGUUUUGGGAGCUCCCACCAAGUUGCUGUCCCAAUUCAGACUUACUUACAAUAUGAUUUUGAACUUGUUAAGAAUUGAAGCAUUAAAAGUUGAAGAGAUGAUAAAACACUCGUUUAGUGAAAACUCAACACAGGUUCUAUUACCAGAGCAUCGGAGAAGAUGCGAUUUCUUGAGGGGCCAAUUGGAAGACGCAACUCUUACCAGUUGCUCAGAAUGUGGUCUAAACGGUGUCGAGGUUACUUGUGAGCUUCUCUUAGAAUAUGAGAACUUGUAUGGACAGUGCAUAGUGGAUAUCCACAAAUCUCCUAUUCUCAAAACGCAAUUACUCAGAAUCGGAAGGUUAGUUUUUUUCAGAGACAAGAACUCAACUUCUCGCAUGGGAUUCGUUAUUAAGUCAGACAGUGCAACCGAUAGUAUUAUGGUACUUACUUUUGAUCAUGGACGGGAAUACGAGUCAGUUGCAGAGAAAUUCAAGCUACCGUAUGUUCCUAUUACUGAUUAUCUUUUCAAAAAUCUCCCAAAGAUAAGAUUUAAAGAAGGAUUGAGGGCUGUAACUGUACCAUACGAAAAUGUCUUGUUCAUUUGUAAGUAUGCAUUAAAAGCUUCAAUGUUUGAGAUACUUGAUAACAAACCUUCAGCGGUAGAACAAGCUCGGGAACAAAUAAGCAUGAUUGUUAAGUUACAAAAUAAUCUUGAAGAGUCUAGUUUCAAACACACAAAACAGUUAUCAUUGCAUGACUUGUGUGUGGCAAAGGACAAUCAAGUGGCUAAAAUACGCGAAAUAAAUGCAUUCACGUGUCUGAACUUCAAGCAGCAUUAUCUUGAGUUCAGAAAGCGUUACCUCAUCAGUCAAGAGAUUGAAGGUUUGCAAAAAUUAAUAUCUGAUGAGAAUUUGGACUUGUUACCAGAUUACGAACAAAGAUUACAGGUUUUGGAAACCGUUGGAUGUAUUGAUUCCCAGCAUAACGUGGUUCUCAAAGGUAGAGUUGCUUGUGAGAUUAAUUCAGGUUGGGAAUUAAUUAUAACCGAGCUUGUCUUAAACAACUUCCUUGGUGACUUUGAGUCUGCUGAAAUUGUCGCUUUGCUAUCAUGUUUUGUUUACGAAGGAAGGACGCAAGAAGAUGAGCCUGCUAUGAUCACGCCACGAUUGGAACAAGGUAAAAGAAAAAUUUUGGAAAUUGCAAAUAAACUACUAAAAGUGUUUAUUGAAAAGAGGGUUUUGCUUACAUCAGAGGAAGAGGACUUUGUUGAAAGUAAGCGCUUUGCUUUAGUCAAUGUAGUUUACGAAUGGGCAAACGGGUUAAGUUUUAACGAGAUAAUGCAAAUGAGUGUUGAAGCUGAGGGUACCAUAGUAAGAGUUAUUACCAGAUUGGACGAAAUAUGUAGAGAGGUUAAGAAUGCGGCGUUGAUAAUUGGUGACUCGAAGUUGCACUUGAAAAUGGCAGAAGCACAAGAAAAGAUCAAGAGAGAUAUAGUGUUUUGUGCAUCGUUGUAUUUAUAA